UGCAUCUGCAGCAUCCUCUGAGUCGGGCCGACAGAGGUGCCGCUGUGGCGCAGCAGAAAUCACCGUCAGACCGAGCACCGGGACGCGGCUGUGUGCUAUUUAUCUCUUUGUAGUCUGGGGACAUUUUUUUUAUUAUUAUUUUUGAUUGUUUUUAAAUGUCUUCCCGUGCGAUGCCAGCGGGACCGAGACAUCUCUUCUACGACGAGCACGGGGUCAUUAGAUAGUAGGUGGAAAAUCACAACACGAUCCGCUGCCAGAGGCUUUUAUUUAUUUAUUUAUUUCAUUUAUUUUUUAUUUUUCCAUUCGAGGGGACGACAAGAGGAGACGAGGCCUCUAAUUCAGGACAGUAGGCUUUCAUUUCAGGGUAUAAUUACAUGUGUGUGUUUAUAUAUAUCUAUAUAUACAAAAAAAAAAAAGCAGACCUUUAAAUUUCUGUCUGUAUUAAAUCUGGUAGCAUGUUACAAGUAGCCAUUUGAUUCUUAUCACAGAGCAUGCAAAUUAAUCACAUAUGCACCGGCGUGUACAAGUGUUUCGUUCAGUAGCUGGCGUGUUGCACACGUUGACAUUUAUUGCAUUCGUACUGUAAAUCUGUGCUGUGUGUAAUUUAUUAGAGAGCAGAGCCUGUGGGCCCGGGAUGGUCUGUGCAUCUCACACCAGGACCUCAGGGAAAACACAUAGUCAAAUCUCAGGGUGUGGAUUAGGAGAGCACUGUGAGUCAGUAUACACCUGGAUUGUUUCCACGAGCUAUUUGAUAAUUAAUAGCACCAAGGCCACCACUUGAUUGCUUGAGUUAAACCGGACGAAGGGAUAUUGCCUCGAAAGCAAGCAAUAAUUUGUGGCAAUAAAUUCCGUGACCUUACAGGAAACUGACGCCGGCUUGAGCCAAAGAACUGAGGACGCCAGCGUUUUUUAAGCGAAGGUGUUGUAGACGGAUAAGAGCUUUUACGCUUUUUACAAUGCAUGUCUGCAGCGAGCCGCCGUGCACAGACGCAGUACUUUAGCCUGCACUUUAAGGUUCGUUUGUAGAAGAAAACCUCCUCAAAUCAACAAACUCGGAGGUGCUCGGUUUGGGAGGAGGAGGGGGGGACUCAAAGCUUAGUGUUUUUGGAGGAGCCUCGUCGAGUAAAACAGCUGCUGUGACAUCUGGCGACAUGGCAUCGUUGCACCUGCUGCUCCUGGGUCUGCUCUGCAGCCUGUUUGUGGACCGGUGUUACGGGGCCUGUGCAGAGGUGGACUCGGACACGGAGGCCGUGGCGGGCAAAGGCUUCAAACUGGGCUGCAUCUCCUGCAAGAUGAGGAGCGAGGUGGAGGGCUCAGCCACCGUCGAAUGGCACUUCAGACCCCAAGGAGAGGCCGACUUUUUUCACAUCUACUCCUACGACGAGAGCGGCCCCACCAUCCAGAGCGAGCACUUCAUGGACCGCUUGGACUGGAACGGCAGCAAGAGGAGCAACGACAUCCAGGACGCGUCCAUAUACCUGCUCAACGUCACCUUCAACGACUCGGGCACCUACGCCUGCCUCCUGAACCGCGUCCUCUCCUACACGCUGAACAACUACGAGCACACCACCAUCAUCAGGAAGCUGGUCCAGCUCUCCGUGGUGGCUAAAGCCACCAGGGGCACGGCCUCCAUCGUGUCGGAGGUCAUGAUGUACGUGUCCAUCAUCGGGCUGCAGGUCUGGCUCCUCAUAGAGAUGAUUUACUGCUACAGGAAGAUCUCAGCAGCCGGAGAAGAAGCGUUACGAGAGGCCGCAAAUGCUGAAUAUUUAGCGAUAGCGUCAGAAAGUAAAGAUAACUGUGCGGGGGUGCAGGUCGGAGAAUGAUAAAGGCUUCCUUUUUGGACUAAAAAUAUCCUUCCACCCUCUGACCUGCAUGACAACAACCUUGAGACGAAACUCGUCUUCAACUCAAGUCUCCAUUUUAUCUUCUUCUUCCUGACUACAACCGCCACACAUGGGUACACAGACACACACAUACACACACAAACACACACAAAGAGAGAGCAUGGUACCAGCACUGUAUAUAGUAUUCUGCGCUCCAAAGCUGCAUGUUCUGCUGCACUUAAAAAGAGAAACCAUUAUGCAUUAAUGAGCCACAUUGUUGAAAGCAUUAACUGUACAUACAGUAUUUCUCUAAAUAUAUGUAUAUGUAUGUAAGUAAGUGUUGGACUCCAUGCAGUUGAUUGUACCAGAAAGCUUUUUACUGAAUCAUCCAAUCGAUACCUGAUGUAUAAAUCAUGCACACAAUCAUGUAUUGUUAUUAAUAAAAUAGAAUGUGAUGGGCUACGAUAGACUGUAUUUCCAGUUUAAUUGCUAGUUGUACAUUCUGUGAAAUCCAAGGAAUAAAAACAGAGAAAACA